GCGGUCUUGUGUGAUUUGACGCGGGGCAGUCUGGCAGUAAAAGGGUACAGCGUGAGAGGAUGCGGGAGAAGUCUACCUCAGUCUGCUGGUCUGGUUUGUCCUGUAGGUCUGUCUUGUCCAACAAAAGAAAGUAAGUUUUAAACAGUCGCAAAGGUACAAACUAACCUAGUGGAAACAAAAAGUGAUUUAAUUUGCAUGUUUCAUUCCAGCAAGCAACUGAAGGUUAUAUGCAAAUAUAAAUAAAUUGGACAGUUUGAAUGGUUUCUACUAAGUAUGUAGCAGCUAAUAAUUGCGUGUUAGCUAAGAAAUAGCUAGUUUUAGUUGGUCACAGCAGUGACUCGAAAAGGACAGACCCACAGCGGUACAGGCUCGAUGAGGUAUGGAGCCUCAGCUGUGGUGCUGUGAGGGGGACGGGCCUGCUAUUCCGAGAGCCUACCGAGACUCCAACUUGUUGACUGACCGGGUCCUGCAUGCUCUGCUGCGGAUAGAAGAGAAGUACCUCCCCGCUCCUAACUACUUUAAAUGUGUCCAGAGAGAGAUAGCUCCGUACAUGAGGAGGAUAGUGGCUGCUUGGAUGUUAGAGGUGUGCGAGGAACAGAAGUGUGAGGAGGAGGUUUUCCCUCUAGCUAUGAAUUAUAUGGAUCGCAUCUUGUCAGUAGAACCCACUAAGAAGAACCAUCUGCAGUUAUUGGGAGCUGCCUGCAUGUUCCUGGCAUCCAAACUAAAGGAGACAAUCCCACUCACUGCCGAAAAACUCUGCAUCUACACUGAUAACUCCAUCACCCCUUCUCAGCUGGUGCAGAUGGAGCUGCUGGUUUUGAACAAGCUGAAGUGGGACCUGGCUUCACCAACCCCUCUUGACUUCAUCGACCACUUCCUGUCUCAGCUGCCCGUCAAGAAAGAGAACAAGCCCAUACUGAGGAAGCACGCUCAGACUUUUGUUGCGCUGUGUGCCACAGAUGUCAAAUUCAUAGCCAGCCCCCCAUCCAUGGUGGCAGCAGGCAGCAUGGUGGCAGCAGUGGAGGGCUUACAGAUGAAAAUGGUGGGCAAUGCCUUGAUGUCUCUCAAACUGACAGAGCAGCUAGCUCGGACCAUCAGGAGCGACCCGGAUUGUUUGAGGGCAUGUCAGGAACAGAUUGAGUCUUUGCUGGAAACCAGCCUCAGACAAGGACAACAACACUCGGUUACAAUGGAAACUAAGAAAAUUGGAGAGGACCUCUCAGCAACACCCACAGAUGUACGGGACAUUAACAUCUGAGCUCUGCCAGGAAUGCUGCUGAAUGUAGAAACAGAAGCAGAUGAAUAUGAUGUUCAUAUAAGACUCACAAAAUACACAUAAUGUGAUGUGUGUCAUGGAGAACUCAUAAGUAACUGGACUCCACAAUCUGUCACAUCAGUUCAUAUGAAGUCAGUAUGAACUGUGGCAGCUACCAUAAGGAGAUUCUCAGUGGACCACGUUAUUUGCAGAACUGGAAUUAAGCUGAUACAGAUGGAAAGGCUGAAAAACCAAUGUGUUAUUAGUGUGAUGAAUGCAGGCAGGUAGGUUUUCAGCUGGGGUAACUAUUAUGCACCCACCAAGGACAACAGGGCCUUUUUGAACCUGCACCUCAUGACAAAGUAAAGAAACGGAUCUUUCUUUUAGACAGCUGUGAAGCUCAAAUGUAUUUAGAAAAAUGCAUAAAGGCAUCCCAUAAAGCAGUCUGUUAUAUCAUCCUUUCAAAUAUGUGUGGAAACAGUUUUAUGAAUGCUUUUAUUAGACUGUUUUUAUCUAUUUUGACUUACAAUUUUUGCAUCACAUUACAUGUUAUUACAACCUACUACUGCAUUCUUAAGUAGUUUGAAGUCAUUGUAGAAUUCAGGAGGUGAAAUUAGAGAGGCUGCCUAAAUUUGAGUGUAUUUUAACAACUCAGACAUUCAGGGUAUAACUGUAAGGUUUGUAUGUGUAUCUUUUGACAGUGAUAAAUGCAAAUCUGAAUAAGAUGUAUUGCAAGUUUAUUAUAAGGCAGCAGUUCUUUGAUGGCCAACCAAGUGUUAAAUACCAGAAAGGUUCUGUGCUGUAGUUUACAAUAGGAACUGAUUCAAUUGAUGAUAUGAAGUUAUUGUUCAGCUUUAAUUUUUUUACAUCAAUCUUCUUGAAUUGGGGCCUAAAAUGUUCCCUAUUGUAUUUGAUUAAUAAAAUAUACCCCACUAUA